GCCCGACAGGGCAAGGGGAGCAUCGGUUCUCUACUCACCGGAACAUGCGAGGCUAGAGAAAGACAGGCGAUUUGAUAUGUACGUGGCGCUGGAGCUAAAACGUUAGAUGGCGAGAAUGACGCCGGAUCCCUUCCUUGUUCAAACCCUGGUUCGGGUCUAUUGGGUACUAUUAGCCUUGCCCGGUCUUGCUCAUAACAUCGGGGAUAGAUGUUCGAAACGGAAUGCGGCUAGGGCAGUGUUCUGGGGUAUGCAUGGGGAUAUACAGCUGAUAGAACCAGGAUCAAGUAUGGAUGGUGAUAAAACCGGAUUUUCAAGCGAGUUGCCAACCCUGUGAAUUCCUAACCAGCCGUCCUGUCGAAUAAGAAUAUUCAAUAGUGUACGCAUGUAGGUAUCCAUGAAGGAUAGACU